UUGAAGUAUUUAUUUGUACAUUUAUACUUAGCUCGAUAGACACGUUAUUAGAAAGGUUGGGCUUUAAGUAGGCCUGUAACGAUGGAUACAACUGCUAAGAACAACAGCAUUAAAACACGCCGGGCUCCGAAGUAUCACAGCACUAUAAAAAAGAGCAAUGACCCAGCGGCUAGUAUGAAAGAGGGCGGUGGGGGAAGCUUAUUGCGAUCUGCUCGGUCCGGUAACCUAGAAAAACUAAUCAAUCUGCUGGACCAGGAGAAUGUGGACAUCGGAACAUCCAACAGUAGCGGACUGACUGCGCUGCAUCUCGCAGCCAAAGAAGGCCAUUGUGACAUCAUAAAUGAACUACUUAAGCGAGGUGCUGACAUCAACCAAACUACCAAGCGUGGGAACACCGCUCUACAUAUCGCUUCACUAGCUGGUAAACUCCCCGUUGUUGAACUUUUGAUAGAAAAAAAUGCCGACCCAAAUGCACAAGCACAGAAUGCGUUCACUCCUCUGUACAUGGCAUCACAAGAAGGAAACGAGGCGAUUGUUGACUUUCUACUGAAACACGGUGCUAACCAAAGCAUAUCCACCGAGGAUGGGUUUACGCCACUUGCUGUCGCCCUACAGGAAGGCAAAGAUCGCGUAGUAUCGCUGUUACUUGACAAUGAUGUCAAAGGUCGUGUAAAACUACCAGCAUUGCACAUAGCUGCGCGUAAAGAUGACGUGAAGGCUGCCACUUUACUUCUACAGAAUGACAACAGUGCCGAUACCACGUCGAAGAUGAUGGUGAACAGAACGACUGAGAGCGGUUUCACUGCACUCCAUAUUGCUGCACAUUAUGGUAACGUUAAUGUUGCGACUUUGCUUCUAAAUCGUGGAGCUGUGGUGGACUUUACAGCCAAGAACGGAAUUUCGCCCAUGCACGUCUCAGCAAAAAGGGGACACACCCGAUUUUGCGCACUUCUCUUGGAACGAAAUGGGAAAGCCAGUGCUUGCACUCGUGACGGGCUUAUCCCGCUUCAUUGUGCUGCCAGAUCUGGUCACGUACCUAUUGUGAAGUUAUUCCUUGAUCACCCAGACACCCCGAAACUUGCGAGAACAAAGAAUGGAUUAUCUAGUCUUCACAUGGCUACUCAAGGAGGUCAUGUAGACGUAUUGAAACUUUUAUUAGACCGUGAAUACUCUGUUGAUGACGUCACAUCGGAUUAUUUAAGCCCGUUACACAUCGCUGCACACUGUGGUCACGUGGAAAUAGCGAAGGUUUUAUUGGAUCAUGCAGCACAUGUUGAUUGCAAGGCGUUGAACGGAUUUUCUCCGCUUCACGUGGCAUGUAAGAAGAAUCGUUUAAAAGUAAUUGAACUCUUUAUCGAACAUGGAGCAAACAUCGAGGCAGUAACUGAGUCGGGUCUGACUGCAAUGCAUAUUGCAUGCUUCAUGGGCCAUUUUGAAAUUGUAAAAAUGCUGUUGGAACGAAGUGCAAAUUUGAACACGAUCAACGUGAGAGGCGAGACGGCUUUGCACAUGGCGACAAGAUCUGGCCACGAAGAAAUCGUCACGUACUUGCUUCGUCACGGAGCCCAACCAGACGCAAGGAAACAGGAAUCGCAGACUUGUCUCCACCUUGCUGCAAGAUUGGAUAAAGUUGCAAUUCUGAAGCUUCUGAUCAAGUACGGAGCUGCUGUGGACGCAGUGAUGCACGACGGUUACACACCACUGCAUAUAGCUGCCAAAGAAGGUCAUGUCGUGAUAUGUGAAGUUCUAUUGGACAACGGAGCUUCGGUUACGCGAACGACAUUGAAAGGGUUUACGCCGCUUCAUCUUGCAGCGAAAUACGGACGUUUAGAAGUUGCCAGUUUGCUGCUAAAGAAUCAUUCAUCUCUGGAUAGCGGUGGAAAAGAUGGUUUGACUCCGCUUCAUGUAGCUGCACAUUACGACAAUCAACAGGUGGCGCUAUUGCUCCUCAAAAACGGAGUUUCACCCCAUGCGUCGGGAAAGAAUGGUUACACACCACUCCAUAUUGCUGCAAAGAAAAAUCAGAUGGACAUUGCCCUAACGCUUCUCGAAUACGGUGCUUCUCCGAACUGUAAAACACGAAUGGACGUUACACCACUUCACCUCGCAUCACAGGAAGGUCACACAGACAUGUGUAGCAUCUUGUUGGCCAAAGAUGCCAAUGUUAACGCAGGGGCAAAGCAUGGUCUGACUCCGAUGCAUUUAGCUGCACAGGAAGACAGGAUAUCAGUAGCAAAAGUUCUCUACGAUAAUGGAUCUCUUGUGGAUCCGUUGACAAGAUCAGGCUGCACACCUCUACAUAUCGCAUCCCAUCAUGGAAAUAUCAAGGUCGCCAACUAUCUGCUUUCUCUCGGUGCAAAAGUCAACGCAAAAACCAAAAACGGUUACACUCCACUACACCAAGCCUCACAACAAGGUCAUACUCAUGUUGUCAAUCUGUUGUUGGGAUACGGAGCCUCACCGAAUGAGCUGACAAACAGCGGCAACACGGCUCUCUCAUUGGCUAAGCGCCUCGGCUACGUCACUGUCGUGGAUACACUGAGAACUGUAACAACGGAAGUAACGACAACGGUGUCAGAGGAGAAGAGAAAGUUGAAUAUUCCUGAGACGGUGAAUGAAGGAUUCAUAUCAGAUGCUUCUGAUGACGAAGAAGACGGAAUGGUUGGCGGUGGAUUCCUUACUAACACUGAACUUAAGGAACUUGGGGAUGAUAGCAUCGUUCCCACUGAAGCUUCUAUGUUUGCUGUUAGCAGAGAUUCUCGCUAUUCUACAUUGGGCUACAGUGCAUCAGAGAGAAGAUCAUCCUACUCGUCAUCGGUUAGUGAGAAUGAUAACAUGAAGUCAAUCCGCAGCCCUCGAUACAGCGGCUUUCUUGUAUCGUUCAUGGUCGACGCCCGUGGUGGAUCGAUGCGCGGUUCACGUCACCCAGACAUGCGAAUUAUUGUUCCGCCGAAAGCGUGCAGUGCCCCUACCAGAGUCACGUGUAGGUUGGCGCGUUCACGUCACGGUUCCUCGCCGACCAACCUCUCAUUAUUUGAUGGGGAAGGCAAAGCAUCUCGAGUGUUGGAGCUCGGACCAAGAGGUGGAAGUUUCUUAGACCAGCUGCAUAGCCCACGCACGUCGCCACCCCUCACAGAGGGCGAAGGUUUAGCUGCCAAGGUGGUUCAGCUUGGUCCGAAAAAUACUCAAUUUCUAGGACCUGUCGCCAUUGAAGUUCCACAUUUUGCAAACGUACGUGACAAUAAUCGUCAGCUGGUUGUGUUGAGGAGCAGUGACGGUGAAACAUGGAAGGAACAUAAAUGGCCGUGUUCUGAUGAACAAUUCCUAAAACAACAUCCUACACAAGAUUUGGAAUCAGCUGAAAAACUUGCAAAGCGGCGUGUCUUCCGUGUUAUUACAUCUGAUUUUCCAAGAUACUUUGCUUUGGUUACCCGUCCCACUGAAUCCUCAAGAGGGGUUGGAGAGGAUGGUGGAGAGAUUUAUUCCGAGGUUCUACAGCAAGCUAAAGCAAAAUUCCCACAAGGAUCUUUAACCAAAAAGAUUGUAGUUUCACUGCAGAUAUUGCCUAUAACUGCUGAAACAUGCAGACGUGCUGUUGGAUUAAAAGCAAAAGCGAGCUCAAUACUUACUAUUGAACCCAGAAGAAGAAAAUUUCAUAAGCCAAUUACACUAACUAUCCCAUUACCAGACGGAUCUGAUAUGAAAGACUAUCUCAGUUCAACUGAAGAUUCCACUUUACGCCUCUUAUGCAGCAUAUCAGGUGGUUCAGAUCCUGCACAAUGGGAAGACAUAACAGGGUCAACUCCACUUAACUUCCUAGAUAACUGUGUUUCAUUCACAUCAACAGUAUCUGCAAGAUUCUGGUUAAUUGAUUGCCGUCAGCCAUCAGAGUCUUCUAUUCUUGCACACCAGAUAUACACUGAAGCUACCAGAGUUCCUUAUAUGGCAAAGUUUGUUGUAUUUUCGAAAUCACACGAUCCCUUGGAAGCAAGAAUUAGAGUAUUUUGCCUGACAGAUGACAGGUAUGAGAAAACACUUGAAUGUCAAGAAAAAUACACAGAAAUAGCGAGAAGCAAAGACAUUGAAAUUUUUGAAGGAAGUUCAAUUUUAGUUGAAUGUUCCGGUAACAUCUCAACUCCCUUAAAGUCAGGACAACAUAAGUGCAAUUUCCAUUCAUUUACUGAAAACCGAGUUCAGCUUCAUGUAAAGGUAAGAGACUCUACACAAGAACCAUGCGGUCGUUUAACAUUCUACAAACUUCCACUGGGAGCACCAAAGACUCAUGGCCCACGGAAGACUUUAUGCAAUCUGAAUAUUAAACUUCCUAAAUAUGAAAGGGAUUCCGAGUCGGAUGAUGAGCACUUCCAGCAUGCACAGACUGUCAAAGGGAACAAUAUGGAGCCAGAAACACCUGAGCAAGCCCGGAAACGUUACUAUCUGAUUGAUCCAGCAUCAGUUGAUCUAAUAGAAGCAGAAGAAAAUUCGCCAGAAGAACUUGCUAGGGAUAUGUCUGAUGUUAUGGAGAAAUUAAACGAAGUAAAAGAAUUGUUAGAGCCGGGUACAGAAGACCCUGUUUCUCCAUAUCCAACUGAAAGUGUAGUAAAUAGAUCAAAUGUAAAAGAACAUGUUGUGGAAGAAUAUGUUGAACAAACUGCCCAAGUUGUUAGCCAUGUUAAAAAUCAACUUGUUCAAGUGAAAGAGUUAUUGGAAGCUCAAAUCUUCGAAACGUCAAGCACUAGUGCCCAGCAUCCAGAUUCGACUGGUUCUGCUAAUAAAACAUCCUCUCGGGAAACUGGUUCCAAAAAAUUACUUGAAACUCAUUUCCCUAAUGAAAAAGAGUUGGAACAUCUUGAAUCAUCUUCUAUGAUAUUUGAGAGAAGUGUGGAGGCUUCGGUUAUGGCACAAGAUACCACUCGAGGCAGACAAGAGGAUCCAAGAUUAUGUGAGUUACACGGGCAAGAAUCACAAACAGAAUCUACAGUGCGGCAAAUAUCCCAGGAUUUAGACAUGCUGACAGAACGCAUUGACCUUGCAAUUCAACAACCUCAUGAUAAAGAUACAUUAUCACUUACCUUUGAAGAAACUGUAGAAGCAUUAAACAGCACACCAAGAGAUAGUUUUACGCCGUUAUCUUCAAACAUUGGUUUCCAAGCCUCGCACUCAGAGGUGCCUACAGUAAAUGUUGUGUCCAAUUAUACAGAUUCAAGUCUCUCUGAUUUUCUUGCAAGUGACUUGGAGAGGGAAGCUUACCAAACCAAAGCUAUAAAAUCAAAUACCAACACAGAAACUGUUCAUGAAGCGGAAAUAUCCGAGAUAUAUACAGACAACCAACCAAUCUCACAAAUUGAUCAGGCCAUUCGAGAUAUAAAUUCAAAUGAAGAACUUGCAAAGUUAUUGUCAACCGACCUAGAUUCCCAAAAACAAGAUACUUCUCAUCAUAAAAUAACAGAUUCACUGGUAUUUGAAGAUGAAAUGGUUGAAGUUAAAACCAAAAAGCUUACAAAUGUUGAUUCAAGCGAUUCAUUGAGUAAUGUGACCGGUCUAUCAAGAUCUUGCAGCACAUCUUCAGUAAAGUCUGUGCGUUUUAUGGAAAGUGUUGUUGUGAUAGAUGAACAAGAGCUUCUCAGUUUGCACCAUGUUGGAAAGCAGAGCACAUUAAGAACAUCUGUGGAAAAUGUUUUUACUGAGAGCAGUGCUGAUGAGAGUGACACUGCUUCAUUGUCACUCUCUCCCCAGAGUACAGAUGGAGAGGAUUCAUCAACACUAGGUGUCUCACCUGAUUCUCCAAACCAUCCAACUACUUUACAAGAAAGAAUCUCUGCAUAUCAGACUGCAACAAAUCAGCUGCACAAAGAAGUGGAAAUUUUUAAGAAAAUUACUUCUCCUGCGGUUUCAGAGCAGUCUGGAUCUCCUACUUGUCAAUUCUCAUCUGUUGAGUCUUCUCCAAAGAAGAUAACAAAAGCGCCUCCUGUUUCACCAAGGAAAAAGGUUACACCACCUACAGUAUCACCACGACAUUCAUCUCCAAAAAAAUUACUCAUAUCUGAAAAAUCUAGUGAGGGUAACAAGAGUGAAGAAAUUUCUCCUGUUAUAGUUGAAGAAAGCCACAGUGUAAAAGAAUUGCUAAGUGCUUGGGAGCAGGUUCAGACACCAGUUGAAUCUCCAAAAUCACCAGCACGUUUCUCACGGCGUUUUUCUCAUGAAUCUACUUCAAGUAUAGAUUCGAAAACAGGAGAGUCAUCAAGAACUCCUAAACAUUCAAGAAAGUGGUCAAUGAGCUCAUCGGUAUCUAUUCCUUGUGAUGAGAAUAGUGUGAAAGAGAACACUAAGGUGGUGACAGUUCAAAGUACAGAGGAACAACACUUUCAUCCAACUAUCAGUGCAAUAAAUGAAUCAGUCGUACCACCUAAUUCUCAAUUGUCUUUACCGCAAACAAAUCAGGAAAAUCAAAAGAAGAAUUUAUCCGAAUCUGAAGACAGUGAAUCAACUACGUUAAGUCCAUUUUCUGAAUCAGAUAAGGAGUCUUCUCACCAACAAACAUCCGUAAGUGUUGAUUCACAAGAAAAUUUACUUGUUAAACCUACAUUGGUGAUGUCUGAAUCGAAAUCCAUUUCUAAGGAAGAUAGUGGUGUAGUGUUAAAUCUUGAAAAUAAGCCACAAGACUCUGGUUUAAAAAGCACAGAUGCAACACUGAAAAUAGACCGACAUGCAACAGGUGAAGGAACAAGGCAAAAGUGUGAUAACAAUUCUACACAAAUACCUGUUUCCUAUAAAGAGAGUAAUAUCAUCGAAAAACAAGUUUUCGAACAAUCUUACAUUGAAAGUGGUUCAAAUAUAGAAGUGAUAAUUAAAGAAGAGGCCUCUAAUAAAAUCUCCUUUGCCGAUACUGGUGCAGGUUUUUCCCAACACAAGCCUGAUGUGAAAGCUGUUGUAACAACACAAUUGAAUCAAAUAACGAAAGAUUCAGAUGGAAAGAAAGAGCAAAUUUUAACUGACUCAUUGGCCUCCUCUGUUGCAGUCACAGAUAAAAAUGUUGUUUUGUCUGAUUCAGAAGAUAUGAAACUUGAUUUUAAAGAUGUAACACAAUUACAGUUGACCGGUGAACAAGUUUCAUUUGCACAAGAAACAACUGAUACAUCAAAACAAUCUGAAAAUGUUGAAGACAACUUUUAUGUAUGUGAUGAAGCUAGACCUGUCAUAGAACAAUCAUUUACAGAAACUACAGAAGAGUUGGUGGAAGCUUCUUUAAAGCAAGAACAGGAAACAGUUAGAUCUGAACAUGAUGCUGUGCACAGUCAAUGUGCAAGCACAGAUAAUGCAUAUAUUGCAACCACUAAAGAUGAUAAAGAAUCAGAAUCUGAUGUGUAUACAGAAGCGCAUAUCGACAAACAAAAUAAGGAUUCCAACACAGUAUCUAAUGAAAAAAUGAAAAUUGAGGAUAUUUCCAUAAUGUCAACUACAGAUAUUGUUGAAACAAAAAAACAAACUUCAGAUUUUACAGAUGCUCAGAUUUCUGUUUCUCAAGAUUUAGAAUUUACAAAUAAAACACACAUCAGUGAGCCAACAGAAAUUGAAAACAAAAGUGCAGACAUGCACACUUCUUCUGUGACACAGAGAUCUGAAUUGGCAUUUAAUGAACCUGUCAAUAAUAUGCAAGAAGUAAACGCUGAUAAUGAAAAUGUUGAAAUUAGUCAAAAGUUUGUCGAAAAUUCUGUGUUUGUAGACACUACCAUUGCAGAUCAUACACAAUCCCUAAAGGUUGAUGAUGCAAAUGAAAUGUUGGACAAGGUUGAAAAUGAUAGACCAUUUACAACAAAAGAAUCUGAUUUACCUGCAGAAUUGUUAUCAUUUGAUUCAUCCAGCAAAAUGAUUGAAGAUAUGGCUGGAAAUGAACUUCAGGAAAAGUCAUCCUAUAAAGAACAUCUUAAGGCAGCUGACCAGCUUGAAUCAGAUAAAGAAAUUUGUGAAUCAAGUGGAACUAACUUUUUAUCUACCAAAACUGAUGGGGUGCAGGAAUAUGAGUUAGAAGUCUUGAAAAAAGAUGCUGAUUUCUUGGUAAGUGAAGAUAAGCAAGAAAUUUCUGUUGAAACUUACAGCUUGCAGGAAAUGCAUACGACAGACCAGGAUCAACAUGAGCCAACAGAAACUAGCUUAAACAAUAUGGGUGAAAAUAUAUUCCAAGAAGUAAUUAAACAAUCAAUUGUGCAGAAACAAGAAUCUUAUACUUUGACAGAUGAUAAAACCAAUGCAUCAACGGGAUCACAUUUGCACUUAGAUGAUUUACCACCAAAUUUGGAACCGGAUGUACUUGUAACUAAAUUAGGCUAUAGUCCUGAUUUUGCAGAGUUGAAUGCUGAUUAUAAAAGUGAGCCUCACAUUUUGGCACCCAGCUCAUCAGAAUCUUCCCCAAUCCACACACCAGUUAGUUAUCAAGAGGAAGAAAUAACAUAUGAAAGAAGUUUAACAGAAGACCAGGAAAAUGAUGAUUCUUUGGUUGUGGGUCAAGUUGCUCAGCUAUACAGCAAUGAAGAAUACAAAAAAGAUACAUGUGAAACCUUCGAUGACUCAUUAGCUAAUGUACAUGGGGAAAAUGUUGAACGCUUUUCCGAUGUCGACGAUGUAAAAACAAGUGAUCAAUUGCAGACAUCAGUAGAACCUCUGAAGAGCUGUGUAGUUUUAACUUCCUCGGCUAUGGUGGAAGAGAUGCACUUGAAAUCUGAAUAUGACUUUCAGGAAGCUCCCCAGCAAGUAGGUUCACUUGAACAACAGCAGAUGGUGGUUAAUCAAGAUGUUCCACUAGAAAAGAAAUCUAAUAUUGACAGUAAUGUGCUUGAGAUAAGUGAACCAAAACACCUGGAUGCAAAUGGUAAAUCUCUAGUUCAGCAAAAAAUUGAUGAAGAAAGGGCAUUGGUGGACCAGGAUAUGACAACCUGCAAUGUUUUGUCAAAAUUUAAAUACACUGAACAAGCUGAGGAUUCUAAGACCCAGCAGGAACCAAGCUGUUUUGCUUCAUCAACAAAUACCUCCGGUUCUUGUUUACCAAUACAUUUCAUGGCCAAUUUAGAUGAAGAUAAAACCAAUGACCCAAUAGUGGAAGAAAUUACUGAGGUGGUAACUUCAACUGCUUCAAACGUGGUGGUCGCGAAUAGUGUCACUAAGGUGGCAACAACAUCACACGAUUUUAUGGUUUCAACUACGGGAUCUUCCACCCUUGAUGCAAUCGAUUCCGUUCACAGAGCAUAUACUGAUGAUGCAGCUAGUGUUACUGAAGAAAAUAUCACUGCUAAAAAACAAUUGGUUCAGAGUGCAGAUGAGCAACAAGCAUCAUUGAAUACAACAAGCAUGAUUUUUCAAACAGUGAUUGAAGCUCCAAGUGAAGUGGAUGACAUGAAAGAAAGUGGUAAUAUUUACAAUGUAGAAGAGGAUGUUAAAAUUGUUACAACAACAGAUUUAGAAACAAAUCUUGUUGAAAGUGACACAGAAGUUUCUUUAAGAGAUGUGAACGAACCUGAAGCUACUAUUCCAUUGAAUCAAAAGGCUGACAGAUCUGAACUAGAAAAUCAAAAUGUUCCUCAUGAUUCCGGCAGACAAGAAAUUCAAGAAGAUGUGGAUGAGGUUCAUGAAGAUCAACAACAAGUUGAAAAGGAAAAUGCAUUUAAAGAACAUGAUGUUUUACCAACAAUAAAACACACUGAACAUACUGACAUGAGCAAAGAGUCACCUGAAGAAACUAAGUUUCAUGAUUUGAGUCUAAAAAGUUAUGAUACACAGUCUCAAGAAAAACAAAACUUUAAGAGUUUUGCUUCAUCAACUAACAACUCAGGUUCUUGUUCACCGAUACAUUCUAUGACCAAUAUAGACAUAGGUACAACGGGAGAAAAAAUGACAAAAGAAGUUACUGAGUUAGAAACGUCAAUGACUACAAACGUGGUGGUUGUAAGCAGUGUCGCCGAGGUGGCAACAAGAUCACAUGCUUAUGAUGACAAAAUUUCAACAUCACAAUCUCAAAAUAAUGAUAUGGUUUCUUCUGUUGACAAACCAGAUCUUGCUGUCGGUGGUCAAGAAGUUGUUGGCAAUAUAAAUGAUGAUUUUAUGGAAAACCAACCUGUGGAAAGUGUAGAUGGGCAACAAGUGUCUUUAAUUGCAACAAGCGUAAUCUCUCAAACGGUGCUUGAUGCUUCAAGUGAAGUGGAUGACAUAAAAAAAAGUGUUUACAACCUGGAAGAAGAUGUUAAAACUGUAACAACAACAGCACCAUGUACAUAUCAAAAAGAAAAUUGCACAAACAUUUCUUUAGAAGAAAAAGAAACCUUUUCAGAUUAUCAGAAUGUUAAUGUUAAUUCUACUCUUUUAACAAAUCAAGAGCCUAUGACGUCCGAACUAGAAAUUCAAAAUAUUUCUCAUGAUUCCAUCAAACAAGAAAUUCAAGAAGAUGUAGUUGAGGUGCAUGAAGAUCAACAUCAAGUUGAAAAAGCAAUCUCUUUUAAACAACACGACGUGAUUGACGGUGAUGUUUUAUCAACACUAAAACAUACUGAACAUCCUGAUAUAAAAAAACAACUUCCUGAAGAAAGUAUAAUUCCUAAUAUAAAGUUGCAGGAUUUCAAAACUCAUUCGGAACCAAGCUGUUCUGCUUCAUCAACAAAUACCUCCGGUUCUUGUUCACCAAUACAUUUCAUGGUCGAUGUAGAUGAAGAUAAAACCAGUGACGCAAUGGUGGAAGAAGUUAUUGAGGUAGUAACUUCAACUACUUCAAAUGUUGUGGUUCAGAGCAGUGUUAGUGAGGUGGCAACAACACAUGAUUACCCAAUUUCAACACCACAAUCCCAAAAUGCGAUGGUUGGCGAUUUUAUUAAAAACCAACCAGUGCAGAAUGCAGAUGAACAACAAGCAUCAUUGAAUACAACAAGUGUAAUCUUGCAAACAGUGAUUGAUGCUCCAAAUGAAGUGGAUGACAUGAAAGAGUGUGGUAAUGUUUACAACCUGGAAGAGGAUGGUAAAACUGUUACAACAACAGAAUCACGCACAUAUCCAGAUGAAACUUGUACAAAUGUUUCUUUAAAAGAAAAAGAAUUCAUUCCAGAUCAAGACGAUAAAAUUACAUGUACACUCCCAACACCUUUAAGCUAUGAAGCUGCAUAUGAGGACUUCAGUAUUCGUUAUGAACAGGAAAUUUCACCAGAAUCCAGUACUUCAUCUUCACUAUCCAUCAUUUCUCCAAAAAUAACUCAAAUAAUUGAUCAGGAUUCAGAAGUUGCUGAAGCACAAGCAUCUGAUGUAGAAACAAGUCCACAAUUGGAUCAACCUACAUCAGUUUUAUCAGAAGAUGAAUUACCUGAAUCAGAUAUAAGAAAGUCACAAAGUGAGCAAACCAAAUCGUCAUCUGUGUCUAAUAAUGAUGAAAUUAUUCUGGUUGUGGUCAAUAAAGAGGACUGUACUAAAAUAACAGAUGUUUGCAAAUCAAACGAGCUGCAAACACAAGUGGAUGAGUCCGUUGAAAACAUUGUAGAAAACCAGGUUGUAACAACUGGGAACGUUUCUCGUAGCUCAAAAAUGUUGCUUGACACAAUUCCUAUAAUACAAAUUCAACCAUCAUCUACACGCAACUCGCCGCUCAAUCCUGAAUGCGAUGUCUCUUCUUUUAACAAAACCCACACUAUUGACACAACUGAUAAUGUAAAUACAUAUGAACAACAUCAAAUUGAUCAAACAGUGUCUGAUGAGAAACAGGAUGCUGAGACUAAAUAUGCACAAGAUACGUUAAACAUCAAGAACUCACAAACAUACCUGAAAAUAUUCUCACUGGGAAGAGUAUUGGUAUGGAAGAGGAUGGACAUGAGGAGGUUUUGCAUCAACCGCAAGAAAGUUCAAAAUGUACAUGUGCAUCAUGAUAGAGAUGAAUCAAUUUCGGACAAAUAUGAAACAUCUGAUGGUUUAGACACUGACCAGUCAUCUGGUAUUAGAGGUGAUAAAUGGGAAUUUGACACCAGUGAAACUCUCGCAGGUGGUCAGCCUGAGGUUUUUGUUGAGUUAGAAACCUUUGCCACAACAUCACUAUCAAGUGAACAUGCAACUGAUGCUACUUUUGAAAGAUCAGGAUCUACAGUCCUUCAUCUGCCAGAUAUCACAGAUGAAAAUGUCUCAGAAGAUCAGACAUUGUUUGGAGCUUAUAAAGUUGGUUCUUCGUACUCUAUACCUGAACAGAUGGCUAUUCUAAACGAAGUAGUUACACCAGAAAUGACUUGCUUUACUCAUGAAAUUGAAUCUGAUUUUGGCUUUGAAGCAACAACACCAACCGGCAACUUGCAGCAACCAACUGCUGAUGAAACUAACCAAGAAUCUCAAAAAGAGUUUACUGGUAUUGGGUAUGUAAGUUACCCAAUUGGAAAUCAAAAUAUUGAUCAAUUAAGAGAAAGUGUGCCAGACCAAUCACAAGUGAAGAAGAUUGAAACCGAAAAACAAACAGCUUCUCUUGUUGAAUCAAACGCAGUUGUGGAAGCAAAUAAAAGAAGCGAGAUUGUGAAAGAGGGUCUGACACAUUUUAAGGAAACUCAGCUGAGUUUUGAUUCCAUUUCCCACUUAGAUCUACCGUGUUAUUCAAGCUCUUGCAGCAGCUCUUCCGAAUCAGGAGAUGAAGAAGAGUUUGUUAUACUUCCUACCAGGAAUGAUGCAGUCAGCAGUCUUGAAAUGUGUAAUGUUGAUUCUGAGCCAAUUGCAGAGUCUACUGGUGAUGAACUUCUUUCUAUAAAAACAGAUGAGAAACAGCACCGGACUGUAGAUUGUGAAAACCAAGAUUUUUCCACAAUUGAUGAGGUUUUUGAAGAAACUGAAAAUGUUUGUGUCUCUAAUACAAUAACUUAUAAUGCACCUGUAUCAAAAGUUGACAUGGGGAAACAUAUAACAGAUACAAGUUUUAUGGUUGCUACUGAAACAGAGUAUUCUUCAAACCAAGAGGCUUUAAAAAGAAACUCUGAAAUCACUUAUGUCAAUGUGCUUUCUAAUGAAGAAAAGUUAACUACCAUAUGUCAUGAUGAUAAUACGAUUGCUACAACUGUUACAAACUAUGAAGCUGAUUUACCCCAGUGUUCUGAUUCUUCUUCAAAUGAUACAGUCAAGGUUUGUCCACCUGUGCAUGUAAUGACAACAGAUACUGCAUAUGCGCGUCAAAUGACAACUGAAAAAUUGUAUCAUGAUCCUGUGGACACUGGAGAAAAGUUUCAGCCUGGCUUAAAAAUUAUUGAACAAGAAGCCCAAGAUUCUGGUUUUAAUCUAAACUGUUCAGCAAGUAAUAAUGAUGAAAGCGGACAAACAGAAACAUUUGAUUUGUACCCAAUACUACAUAGCCGGGAACCUGAUGAUGAGUUAGUUGUUGUUAAAGAUCAAUAUAAAGAAGCUUGGGAAGAAAAAGAAACUGAGGAAUACAUUCCUAUUCAGUACUCCAUUACAGAAGUAAAUGAACAAGCAGUAAAAACAUUAGAUGUUUCUGCAAAUGAUUCUGGUGUUGUGCUUGAUCAGUCUGUUAAUGCAGACAAUGAGUUUGGUAUGAAAGAUACUACAUUGCAAGGUCCACAUCCCAUACAUUCCACUUUUGUUGUGAAUGGAGAUGUUCCAAACGAAAUGUAUGAGUUUAGCGGUGAUCCAAAUGAUACCAUGGAUAAUGUUGAGCACAUUACUCCAUUUACAGCUGAAGCUCAGAUAUUGAAUGAAGCAAAUGGAUGUUCACUGGCACAAGAACUAGCCGAUGCAAUGGCACCAGGUAUUCAACAUGGAUCAUAUUACCCUGAUAACCUGGGUGAUUCUGAAAUGAACGAAACUGAAUAUAAUGCAGAUAUAAUGUCAUCACAAGACCAUUUAACUGGUUUGAAGCAAUCUGAUGAAAUUUAUGAAAGUAUAACAGAACAACCAAAUGUUAGUCAUACCAUGACUUGCUUUACACAGCACUCAAACAUGGAAGGUGAAACAAUACUUCAGUCAAAUGAAAAUCAAGAUGUUAACUUUGCUUCAUGCAAUGAUAGAGAUCUGGAGGAAAUUAAUAAACUUCAGUCACAUGGUUGGUCACAGUUCACUGAAGAUACAAAUGAUCCCAUUGAUGAAGUGUCAAGAUCUGAUUUAUCUCCAAAUGGUGGUGCUGAAACUUGUUUUUCUUCAGUUCAUACCGGUUUGUACACAAGCAACCAGUGUGUCGAAUAUAGCAAUGAAACAUUUAUGGAAUACAAAAAUGAUCUAGAUGUAGAUAAAGUGAAUGAUGAUUUGUAUUACAAUGUCCAUGAUGCAUCAGAACUACCUGUAUAUGCUGACCAAAGCAUGGGUCAGGAUGAACCUACAGAUUUGUUGGUGAUUAAAUCAAGUGACAGUGGAGAUAUUGAAUUAAAACAAGCACAAGUUGUAACACUUGAAACUCCCGAAUCCAGACUUUCUAUGCUUGAAACUGUACAACCAUUUGCUGAGAACAGUGGAACUGAAAUUGAAGGAAAUCCUGACAAAAAUCGUUUUAAAAGAUUUUCAGAGUAUGACUGGACAAAAACUCCGGCUAAUUCCGGUGAAAUUGAUGAUGAUUGUUCAACUUCUUCUUCAUCCACAUCCAAUCCAGACUCUGAAUCUGGAAAUGACUCUGAUCACAUCCCUUUUACUAAUGUACUCACAUGUGGAACCAUAGUUGUGUCAGAGUCAACUGAGCUGUUGGUUCCUGCUGAUGCGGAGUUUAAUCAAUUGGAACAGCAUCAUGCAGUAGAAUCCAGCAUGGGACUAAAUGUAUCAAGCAUACCAGCAUCAUCAUCAAACUUGGAGUUUUCCUCAUUCGCUGAAGAUCGAGCAACUACUUCCUGUAUCACAACCUCUAAGUACGAAGACAAAAUAACAUUAGCUCCUGUAUUUCCCAAAGCACAUGGAGUGUUUCGUAGCCAGUCAGAAUCACAGGGAGAUUUACCAAAUAAUCGAAUUGAUUCUGAUGCAUUUUCGGACACAGAUGUAAUGUUGGAUAACUCUGACUAUGAGUCAGAUGAAAAGCUUGAAAAUACAUCACUUUUAAAUCCCACUAAACACAUUUCAAGUGAAGAUAGGAUGGAAGCCGAAGCAUUCAUAACACCAACUAGCAUCGGUUUAGAAGAAGGUGCAAAUUUAUGUAAACGGUUCGCCAGACCUGUAUCUCCUACACCACCCAGAGAUAUGGAAACUACAUCUAAUAAUAAAGAUGAUGUUGUUGUAGCAAACGUUGAUGAUAAUAGUGAAGCUCCUAUGACUCCAAAUUUUCCUAGAGUGUCAGUAGCAGCACGUUUAAUGUCAACAGAUAUGAGAGAACUCUCCCCUGCCCCAGCCUCAUGUGAAUCCAUGGGAGAAGCUUCAGCAAAUGAUGAGUUUUCGUUCCGAAACUUCCCACCUCGGCAUGCAGUUUCUCGCUCAAUAGACUCAGCUGCCACUGUGUUUCAAUUUUCCUCUACAGAAGCUUUUCCCUUCGAUGGAUUCAGUGCAUCAUCAUCACGAGUAAUUUCUCUAACCACCGACCAGGCUUCUGUAGAAGAACCAUGCAUUCUAGAUGAAACACAACAAGAUCACAUUCACACUGAUAAUGAAAAUAUAGAUCAUGCCUCUCUGGAAGUGCAAUCCAGCUUUGAAUCGCAAAGAGAAGGGAUGCAAUCUGUUACUGCACCUGGAUAUAUGUCAAUGACAUUACCGGAUCAAUCUACUUCUGCAAAUGUUUAUUCCAUGGGUCCAGUUACCACCUCCACCUGUAAAGAAUCCUUUAGUGUCACAAGUCAAGUAGAAAGAGAACAAUCCAAUGUGAAUGUUAUUCCACAACAUUGCAUGACUUCCUUUUCUGAAAAGUUUUCCAAAUUUGUAGAAAUUAUGGAAAAGGAGGGAGUACCUUGUUCACCAGUUGAGCAUGAGCCACUUUCCAUACCAAUUGAAGGAUAUAUGGAAAUCAUGGACCCUGCUCGAGCCAGAGCAGAAGCAGCUAGGUUUGAAGACAUGGCGUAUAUGGAUAUAGCAUACCAGGCCAACUCAGAAGAGUACAAUAUAACAACACGUUCCCGUCACAGUACAGGUCAAGAAAUUAAGGCAAUUGCAGAUGACAUCCUGUUAACUGAAGACAGCUCUGAAUCAAUUGAAAUGGACAGUGUUGUGACUCCACAGGGAACUUUGUUACACACCAUAUUGCAAACUAGUGAAGAGCAUGAAACAUUAGGCAAAAGCUCAACAGAGUUUUCUAAAACUAAAACGGAUUCAGAACUGUCUCAUGGUGAUGAAUUGCCUAAAGCAAAACUUGAAAAGGUUAAAACAAGUCGAAUUCCAGUUUCAAAAAUGACCAAACCCAAACCUGUUGCUCAGAGAAAACGAGAAGAUCCUGUUUCACCUGGUUUAUCCCGUAGCCUCCCCUUGCGCUCUUCUGGGAAGAAAAAAAGAGAUAAUACCUCCUCUUUCACGAAAAGAAAGGGUUUGUCAAGAAGCACAUCCGCAUCUAAACUUCCUGUAAGGCGUAGCACUGAAAGUCAACGUCCAAAAUCAAAGAAAACUAAACAGAAACCACAAAACCAAGAUUGUGAUAAUUCUAUUGCUAGUCAAUCUUCUUUGGCAAGUCAAGGGAGUUGUUCUUCCACAGUUUCACGAUCGUCAUCAACCAGCUCAAUGAGAUCUCUAAAGUUUCGCAAAAGUGGUGGAAGUUCCCCAGUACAGGAAACAAGUAUUUUUCGAUCUGAAGCAUUUGUUAGCAAGACAAUGGGUAAUGAGAAAUACAUUGCACUGCGUGAAGGUGUGUUCACAUAUAAAACUUCUCCGGCAGAAGAAAAAGAAAAGAAAAACAGAAAUAAAACAACAUCACCUGGCCAAACUAAUACUGCAACAACACAAAUAAGAACUUUGAAAUCAACUGGAAUUCCAGUGCCUUCCCGACUUCACGGUCAUGCAACUGCUCCUUAUGCCUGUGAUACAACAAAGUCUACAUCUUAUACAAAUGAAGAAACGCAUUUUUUAGCUGAUAGCCCGAGCCUCUCAGGGUCAACCACAUUAACCUUUGAACGCUCGGGCGCAAACCUCGAUAGUGUAGAAGUAAAAACUUCCAGUACUGUGAGUACCACAUACAGUACAAGCGGUGUGAAAAUAUCUUCAAAUUUUGCAACUUCCCUACACGAUACAAUGAAAACAUUGUGUACAACAUCAGAGGGAACUUCAACAACUAUGCAUGAAUACAGUGAAGACUACAGUACAACACAUACAGAAGAUACAAUAAAUCGCGUUUCACACCUGUCAGAAUCAAGUAGUUCUUAUCGAGACAGUAUUAGUGCAGAAAGUAUGGAAAGUACUUCACCUUUGUCAUCUGACUCUAUGGACUGCAGUUGCAACUCAGUCAUUAGAGAGAUAGAACAAGAAGCUGACACACUUUCUAUUACAUCUGAUUCUUUGGAAAAUGAGCCAUCUGAUUUCAUGCGAACAAAUUUUAAAACAGAAAUGAACAAUUCUGUUGUAGUUACUUCUUUAUUGUCAAAUCUUGUGCAUAGCUCUGGUAUUCAAAAUGCAACAUCGAGCUCUCAAGCAGUAUCUACAAGUGCACACUUUGGCCAAAUGAUGUCUCUCGAACAUGCUGGUUCUGAAGUACAUCAGGAUGGACAAAGACGAACUAGGAUACCAUCUGAAAAAGAUGCUUUGGAGCAAAAGCAUCAGGCCAUUGCUUCACAGCUUGGUCUGCAAUGGCCACAGUUAGCUGGUGCUCUUGGUCUAAAUGCAGAUGAUGUGUGGAAGGUGCAGAAGCAUGGAGACGGUGGGAAUCCAGGUGAACAAAGUUCAAGAAUGCUUCAGAUGUGGUUGGAAAGAAGUGGAGACAAAGCAACAGAUGAACAGUUAAGUGCUGGAUUAAAUAGUAUUGGUCGAGGAGAUUUGUGCUACUUGCUUGAGGAUCCAGUUUUUCAUUAUGGUGAGGUUGAUCCAUCUCUACAUAUGGACAGACACCUUCAUUACGAUACUUCAGGUUUCAAUGCAUUAACCGAUGAGUUAGGUUCAGCAACCCCUACUCCUGGUCAUGUAAGUUCUCCUUACCCCUUCACAAAUAGAGAAAACAGACCACAAAUUAGUACAUCCACACCUACACCAGCUAUUAAGGCUGAAAAUGAAACAGUAAAUGGAGAUCUUUCUGUAAUAACUCCAUCCACAACUGGAGUAGAUGACGAUGAUGAUUACAACACGCCACACUUCAUAUAUGUUGCUGAUGAAGAUGAUGGUGCACAAGAGAAUAAUGUUGAAGAUCAUGAUCAAAGUUCAAUUAAAAGUGAGGAAAAUGCUCAAAGAUCACGAAAAUCAUCAUCAGCUUCAUCUUCUACCACAAGCGGAGAACACAGCAUGACUGAAGAUAAUAUGGUGGCGGAUACCAAAGAAACUGCUGAAAGUGUUAAAAGUGAAGAAAACAAUGAUGAGGAACGAAAUGGAAAUAAUGAUUUGUACCAACCCGGUAGCAGUGAUACUGCUGAUGUUCCAGAAGAAAAUGUCAUCACCAGCACAACUACGAUUAUAAGAACAAUAGUAGUUCAAACAGACUCUCCGCAAACAGUUGAGCUACCAUCCCC